UGGGUGCUGACGGCCGCGCACUGCCGGCAGCCAAUCAGGGAGCUGCAGGUGCUGAUCGGCACCAACACGCUGCGGGCAGGUACGGGCCAGGUGCGCCGCGUCUCGCGCCUGCAGGUGCACCCCGGCUACAACCCGCGGCGCAACGACAACGACUUCAUGCUGCUGCACCUGGACGCACCUGUGCGCUUCGGGCCGCGCGUCAAGAAGAUCCGCGUGGCCACCAGGUGUCCCCGGGCGGGGCAGAACUGCAGCGUCAGCGGCUGGGGCACCACCGAGUCACCUGGAGCCAAGCUGCCGCGGGACCUGCAGUGCGCGCAGGUGCAGACCUUCGGGCCGGAGCAGUGCGCCCGCGCCUACGGCAGCGCCGUCACCCGCAACAUGUUCUGCGCAGGUGUGCCCCAGGGCGGCGUCGACUCCUGCCAGGGUGACUCGGGGGGCCCGCUGGUGUGCGGGGGGUACCUGCAGGGCGUGGUCUCCUGGGGCCUGGCGGUGUGCGGGCAGCGCGGGAACCCCGGCGUGUACAGCAACGUGUGCCGCGCCAGCGCCUGGAUCCGCCGCACCAUCGGCCAGUGA